AUGGAGGAUGGAGGCGGGGCCAUGUCAUACCACAUCCUGCUCACCCUCCAACCUGCACCUUAUAGCUCUGUUGCCAUGGUAAUCAAACGGACAGUUUCCUCAUGUCAACUUAGAGUGGGUGGCUUGUGGUUUGAGGUAUCCCAUGGGGCCAUAGGGCAGGGUGCGAUGACGAGAGGCGCCGCAGAAGUGGAAGUCACGGGUAAAGGGGAAGAGGCAGUGAGAUGAGAUAGCUGGGCAAUUAGGUACGUGUACUUUUCUGUUUAUUUGCAUAGAUCUUUUAUUAUCCAUGUUGGGCAGAGUUAUUGGUCUCCAAUUGUGUGGAAUCGCUAGAUGUCCAACUUUUCCAUUGAGAACUGACAGCUUACUGAGUAUGAGACUGAGUGACAUUGGGAAGCAGUGGGAGAGUGUUCAAACGUGUGCUACAGUACUACAAGCAGAACAAAGUCAUCUGAUUAGCUGGAUGCCUCUCUCUCAUUUUCUCUCGCUCUCUCUCUUUCUUUAUUUCUCAUUCUCUUUCUCUCUCCCUCUCUCUAGUACUCUCUCUCUCUCGCCCACUAUUUCUAUCAUUCUCUGUCCCUCUCUUUCUCGCACACAGACAUGAUGAGAGUCACUCUGAUUUCCCUCGCCAUGUGCCUUCCUCGCCUCCUCGCCACUCCUGUCCUCCAUUCCACCACUGCGGUUUCACCGAGCGCCACUGAAAUCACAACAACAUCUCUAGACCUUAGGAUCCGCACUACAACGUCAGACCCCCUGAAGCUUCCACUCUCCACAACUGAAAACCACCCUGGUAGGACUAGUGGCACGUUCAACACACAAGUGAAGAAAAGCGCUAGCUUAGCAGCUGUCAACAACUCAAGCAGAACGACUCAAGGAAGAGGCAUUCUCAGAACAGGAACUGCCACUUACGUCACCACAGCCGGACAGAAGAGCAACAGGCACACAACUGCAGGAGACUUGAGGAGGGAAACAGAAAGCUACAUUCACCAUGAGACUCUACCCUUCAGCGGACACACAGCCUCACCCACAACUGACCACCCCAGCACCACCACUCUCCCCGGGGAGGAAGGGACUGAGUAUCAUGACAGCAGCACCACUGAAACAGCCAGAGAAUUUAACACACCAAAUUCCAUAGAGACAUGGGCUGCUGACACCAGUAAUGACUCCAGGCUAGCGAAGCCACAUUUAGACAGGUCACAAGCAGCAGACCAGCACACUGCUACACAAGGACUAGAGAUGGCAAGUGUAGAUACUGCAUCAGGAGAUUACUACACAACACAGAGAGACUUCUUCACAAACACCCCAACUAAUAGAGUGACAGGUUUGAACAGAGGUAAACAAAGUAAGGCCAACAGCGUCACAACAACAACAACAACGGUUUCACCCACGUACACAUUCACACUUCCUGGUUUGUAUGAGCACAUUACCGUGACUUACAGGGCUACUGGCUACAAAACACAACCUGACGACAGGAGCCAGUCUAUGGACAACCAGGACCACACCACAGCCACAGUUUCAAUCCCCCAUGCUGACAAUAGCACAACUCCAUAUCCCAAUGCAAACACAUUUACAGAUAAUGUCACAGACAACUACACAAUCACACUUUCAUACAGUAAUACCACAACCUCUAAUAAUCGUAACACAACAGUACUUUUGAAUAAGAAAACUCAUGCUCAUUCACUCAGACACAACCACACAAUCUCAGGCUAUGACAACAGGCUGAACAACACAACUGAAAACACUGUGCAUGCUCGUCCUGAGUGCGGAGAGGCAGAUGAAAGGUCCCCAUCGUUGCUUCCUGGCUCUACUAGACUGGUAUGUUUCAUUGUUCUGUGGGCUCUGGGAUUGACUGCUUUGGUCUUCCUUGGUCUCACUGUCUUCCUGUGGGUGCGUUUGUCAGUCCAGAGAGUGAGAGAAAGGAGAGUGAGGAGAGGAGGAGAGAAGGUGUCAGGGGUGGAUCUGGAGAACCUGUGGGUUGACCAGAUGUCAUCGGUGGAGGAGAGGGUGGAAUUCUGGUACGCCAACGGCUCCACCAUGGGACCUGACCAUAAACGGAGCGAGAGAGGGAGGGAGAGAGAGAGGGACAGGGUGAAGGAGAGGGAGAGGAGGGAGCAGCAGAGGCAGAAAGGGAGAGAGUGUGACAACCUGUGGACUCAACCCAAAGUGACACUGGAGGACAUCACAGAUUUCUGGUAUACAAAUGGAAGAGUGAUACCAGAAGAAACUAAAGACCAAACAUUGUUGGAGAUGCAUAUUAUUUAGUUUUUUUGUACUACAGUACUACAAUUUACCUGGAAUUACUUUGGAGAGAAAUAUUCAUCAUUAUUUUAACAAUUCCAUGGUAGAUUUGAACACUGUAAUCCUGACAGAGUUUAAACAUUUACAGUAUAAAUUCAUAAUCUGUAUGUUUUUUGGCUGUAACAAAAGUAUAAGAUCUACAUAAGUCUACUGAAAGACAGAUUAGGCCUGGGUCUGAUCAGAGAGAAAGAAGUGGACAGAGAGAGAGAAAGAGAGAGAGGAAUGGAGAGAGAGAUUAGAACAACAUGUCUAACUGGAAAGAACACUUGAAAAGAGAGUUCCCAUUUUAAGACAAUUCAGACCUUCUUAGAGUCAUAUCAUCAUCGUGUGUCAGACCGCAAUGAGGCGAAAGGUGCCAUUUCUACAAACACACUGACACAAAUACUGUUGACUCCUAAUACUGUACAUGCACUGUUAUUAGGAGCUAGUCAAAUAAAAAGGAUUGGUGAACUGCACUGGGCGUAAACAACUUAGCUUAAUUUAUCUGACUGACCACGUUUACAUGCACAAAGUAUUCCAGGAAUUAGUCAUAUCCUAGUUAAGGUCUUAUUUGAGAUAAACUGUUUAAAGACACCUUUGAUAUCCUGCAUACUAGUAUCCCUGUAUAAACAGAAUAUUCCUACGUUUAUCCAUGAUACUAUGCGAAACUGAGCCUGUACAAACCAUGUAAAACAACAGUAAACGGAAUAAUGCCACAGUAUCCUGUCUAUGAUCAGUAUAUCCCAGGCAUGUUAACUGGGUUUCUCAUAACCGGGACACAAGCUUAUUCGGGUUAUUGUGAACGGGAUAUGAUGUUUAUAUUCGUCAACUAAAAAACGGAAUACUUGAGUAUCCCAAAUAAUAACGGAAUAUUGCUGUGCAUGUGAACAUAGUAAUUUAUCAGGAAUAGACUAUAGGCCUACCUCAUAAUUGAUAGUGGAUCGGGCCAUUUGAUCAAUACUGUAUAACUGUACAGUAGAAAAUCUAUCCUUGUAGAAUUUAACACCUGACCAGCUGAAGUUUGACAUAUAAUGUCCCAAGACGUGAGAACAAAAUGGACUGACAUACAGUGAGGGAAAAAAGUAUUUGAUCCCCUGCUGAUUUUGUACGUUUGCCCACUGACAAAGACAUGAUCAGUCUAUCAUUUUAAUGGUAGGUUUAUUUGAACAGUGAGAGACAGAAUAAAAACAGAAAAAUCCAGAAAAACACAUGUCAAAAAUGUUAUAAAUUGAUUAGCAUUUUAAUGAGGGAAAUAAGUAUUUGACUCCUCUGCAAAACAUGACUUAGUACUUGGUGGCAAAACCCUUGUUGGCAAUCACAGAGGUCAGACGUUUCUUGUAGUUGGCCACCAGGUUUGCACACAUCUCAGGAGGGAUUUUGUUCCACUCCUCUUUGCAGAUCUUCUCCAAGUCAUUAAGGUUUUCGAGGCUGACGUUUGGCAACUCGAACCUUCAGCUCCCUCCGCAGAUUUUCUAUGGGAUUAAGGUCUGGUGACUGGCUAGGCCACUCCAGGACCUUAAUGAACUUCUUCUUGAGCCACUCCUUUGUUGCCUUGGCCGUGUGUUUUGGGUCAUUGUCAUGCUGGAAUAACAUUCCACAACCCAUUUUCAAUGCCCUGGCUGAGGGAAGGAGGUUCUCACCCAAGAUUUGACGGUACAUGGCCCCGUCCAUCGUCCCUUUGAUGUGGUGAAGUUGUCCUGUCCCCUUAGCAGAAAAACACCCCCAAAGCAUGAUGUUUCCACCUCCAUGUUUGACAGUGGGGAUGGUGUUCUUGGGGUCAUAGGCAGCAUUCCUCCUUCUCCAAACACGGCGAGUUCAGUUGAUGCCAAAGAGCUCAAUUUUGGUCUCAUCUGACCAAAACACUUUCACCCAGUUCUCCUCUGAAUCAUUCAGAUGUUCAUUGGCAAACUUCAGACGGCCCUGUAUAUGUGCUUUCUUGAGCAGGGGGACCUUGCGGGCGCUGCAGGAUUUCAGUCCUUCACGGCGUAGUGUGUUACCAAUUGCUUUCUUUGUGACUAUGGUCCCAGCUGCCUUGAGAUCAUUGACAAGAUCCUCCCGUGUAGUUCUGGGCUGAUGCCUCACCGUUCUCAUGAUCAUUGCAACUCCACGAGGUGAGAUCUUGCAUGGAGCCCAAGGCCGAGGGAGAUUGACAGUUAUUUUGUGUUUCUUCCAUUUGUGAAUAAUCGCACCAACUGUUGUCACCUUCUCACCAAGCUGCUUGGCGAUGGUCUUGUAGCCCAUUCCAGCCUUGUGUAGGUCUACAAUCUUGUCCCUGACAUCCUUGGAUAGCUCUUUGGUCUUGGCCAUGGUGGAGAGUUUGGAAUCUGAUUGAUUGAUUGCUUCUGUGGACAGGUGUCUUUUAUAUAGGUAACAAGCUGAGAUUAGGAGCACUCCCUUUAAGAGUGUGCUCCUAAUCUCAGCUCGUUACCUGUAUAAAAGACACCUGGGAGCCAGAAAUCUUUCUGAUUGAGAGGGGGUCAAAUACUUAUUUCCCUCAUUAAAAUGCAAAUCAAUUUAUAACAUUUUUGAAAUGCGUUUUUCUGGAUUUUUUUGUUGUUAUUCUGUCUCUCACUGUUCAAAUAAACCUACCAUUAAAAUUAUAGACUGAUCAUUUCUUUGUCAGUGGGCAAACGUACAAAAUCUGCAGGGGAUCAAAUACUUUUUUCCCUCACUGUAAUAAAAUGGGAUUUUCAUCACACUCUCUCUACUAUGAAUUCUCACGUUUUGACAACCUACGCCCUUUGACUGCCCGCCCCACACACACGCACACACAAACACAAACACACACACAUACACAUGUGCACACACCGUCAAACACAAACACAUCCAAGUAGGCCAGUGUGUAGGCGUGCAAACACACCCUGGCUCAAACAUUUCAACACACGCAGCUUCUUCUCUUUGUAGGGCCAACUUCUCCUUUUUCCUCGAUAAAAUAAGCACAUGACGCAAUAAACAAACUGAAGCUACUCUUUAGUUACUUGGCAUCUCUCCAACCCCACCUAUCUCUCUUUUGCAGUUACCGAAACUGUUUUACAAAUAAUUUGAUGCUCUGAGGGGAAGAGAUAGAGAUAGAGAGAGAAAGGGAGGGGGGAGAGAAAGAAGGGAGUUAACAGGAGGGAGGGAGGGACGGAGGACGAGAGUGAGAGAAAGGUGUUUCGUAUAUGUACUAGUGCACGAGACGUCAUCCACACAGUACAGGAGUUAAAGCCUGUGCCUUUAAGGUGGAUUCAUAAUUUCAACCCAAUCGUUUUCUCCAAGCAACAUGUCGGUAAGUAAGAUUAAAAAAUAUAAUCAAAUGACACACAUUACAUACACCUUAGCCAAAUACAUUUAAACUCAGUUUUUCACAAUUCCUGACAUUUAACCCUAGUAAAAAUUCCCUGUCUUAGGUCAGUUAGGUUCACCACUUUAUUUUAAGAAUGUGAAAUGUCAGAAUAAUAGUAGAGAGAAUGAUUUAUUUCAGCUUUGAUUUCUUUCAUCACAUUCCUAGUGGGUCAGAAGUUUACGUACACUCAAUUCGUAUUUGGUAGCAUUGCCUUUAAAUUGUUUAACUUGGGUCAAACGUUUCGGGUAGCCUUCCACAAUAAAUUGGGUGAAUUUUGGCCCAUUCCUCCUGACAGAGCUGGUGUAACUGAGUCAGGUUUGUAGGCCUCCUUGCUCGCACAUGCUUUUUCAGUUCUGCCCACACAUUUUCUAUAGGAUUGAGGUCAGGGCUUUGUGAUGGCCACUCCAAUACCUUGACUUUGUUGUCCUUAAGCCAUUUUGCUACAACUGUGGAAGUAUGCUUGGGGUCAUUGUCCAUUUGGAAGACCCAUUUGCGACCAAGCUUAAACUUCCUGACUGAUGUCUUGAGAUGUUGCUUCAAUAUAUCCACAUAAUUUUCCUUCCUCAUGAUGCCAUCUAUUUUGUGAAGUGCACCAGUCCCUCCUGCAGCAAAGCACCCCCACAGCAUGAUGCUGCCACCCCCGUGCUUCAUGGUUGGGAUGGUGUUCUUCGGCUUGCAAGCAUCCCCCUUUUUCCUCCAAAUAUAAAGAUGGUCAUUAUUGCCAAACAGUUCUAUUUUUGUUUCAUCAGACCAGAGUACAUUUCUCCAAAAAGUACCAUCUUUGUCCCCAUGUGCAGUUACAAACCGUAGUCUGGCUUUUUUAUGGCGGUUUUGGAGCAGUGGCUUCUUCCUUGCUGAGCGGCCUUUCAGGUUAUGUCGAUAUAGGAUUAGUUUUACUGUGGAUAUAGAUACUUUUGUACCUGUUCCCUCCAGCAUCUUCACAAGGUCCUUUGCUGUUGUUCUGGGAUUGAUUUGCACUUUUCGCACCAAAGUACAUUAAUCUCUAAGAGACAGAACGCGUCUCCUUCCUGAGCGGGAUGACGGCUGCGUUGUCCCAUGGUGUUUAUACUUGCGUACUAUUGUUUGUACAGAUGAACGUGGUACCUUCAGGUGUUUGGAAAUUGCUCCCAAGGAUGAACCAGACUUGUGGAGGUUUACAAAAAACAAUUCUGAGGUCUUGGCUGAUUUUUAUUUAUUUUCCCAUGAUGUCAAGCAAACAGGCACUGACUUUGAAGGUAGGCCUUGAAAUACAUCCACAGGGACACCUCCAAUUGACUCAAAUUAUGUCAAUUAGCCUAUCAGAAGCUUCUAAAGCCAUGACAUAUUUUCUGGAAUCUUCCAAGCUGUUUAAAGGCAGAGUCAACUUAGUGUAUGUAAACUUCUGACCCACUGGAAUUGUGAUACAGUGAAUUCUAAGUGAAAUAAUCUGUGUGUAAACAAUUGUUGGAAAAAUUACUUGUGUCAUGCACAAAGUAGAUGUCCUAACCGACUUGCCAAAACUAUAGUUUGUUAACAAUAAAUUUGUGGAGUGGUUGAAAAACGAGUUUUAAUGACUCCAACCUAAGUGUAUGUAAACUUCCGACUUCAACUGUAUGUCUGAUCUAAACAGACACUGAUCUGGAUAAUAAUAGACAGAUUAUGGCUUUGUGACGGUGACUGUUUGAGGAGGCAAGAAAAAGGAGGGAGAGAUGUUUCGAAAAUACAAUCAGAUGUACUUUCAUAGGCUUGUGUUAAAUGUACUGACAUGCUCUUGUAGUAAGAGGGACCUCCAAAUGUAUCGCUUCAUAAUUAUUUUUAAAUGCAUUUUUAAAUGCUAUUUUCUUUAAAUACGUUUUUUUUAAUCAAUCGGUCUUUGAGUCUUCAUCUUUUAUCAUUUUCUUUUUUAUUAUUAUUUUUAAGACAGGCCAACUUACUUUUAGACCCCCCCCCCCCCCAAUUAUAUUAUAAAUAACAGUCAAAUGGAUGGUGACAUCGUGGACAAGAAUAAACAAGAAGAAGUAGUGUUGGUAACGUCAAUAAUUUUCAGGUGUGUACUAAGCAAGCAUUUUACAUCUACAGCGGUCCAGACAGUGGAUGCUGUGAGGAGUACGUGUGGGAAUGUACGCAUAAAAUAACCUCUCCAUUCCGUCUUCCAUUUCUUCCUUUACCCUAUAAUCUGUCCUUUUCUCUAUAGGUCUCAUGCUUUUUUGGGUUCACCGUUGCUGCAAUCUCUCACGCUGCACUUGAAAUAGACAGCUGAUAUACAGAAAAGUAGAGUGGCGUGCAGGGGAGGAGGAAAGCGGAAGGACGAGAGAGGAAGAGAAGGGUUGUGUCUUUCCGGCCUAUUUGCACCCAAGUACAGCCUAGUGAACCACAAGCCCAGCAACCAGGACAGACAGCAAGAAAACAAAGUCAAACCAUCGAUUAUUAACAAGAGCAUUAACAAGAGCAAGGCCUGAACGAAAGGGAAAUUCCGAGAGCAGUGAAGAUCAAAGCCUGACACUCAAUCGUAGUCAAACCAAUAACCCCGGUGGCUGAUGACGGAUUCUAGAAUGUACAUUUUUCUGCUCUAGUCUUGUAAAACAAACUUCCAAUACCUUUCAAGCCACAACGCUGUCGCUGACUCACCUCAGAGAGAGGAAGACAAACGUAAUCUGAGAGAGAUCAGCAAAACCCUUCAGGGACGGUUGACCUCUGUGACCCCUCUCAGUUCUUUCCCAGUAUGGAGCGGAUACGGCUGAUGCUCGGGGCUCUGCUCCUCUCCCUUUCUCUGCCCAGUCUCCCUGCCCAAGAUAAUGUCACCGUCACCGUACCUGAGAAUGUCACCAUGGCAGCACCUACUACUGAGGACGUCACGAUUGCAGCCUCUACACCUGAGACCACCAUCGAGACAAUGACUUUUCAUUCGGUCGUCGCCACGGCACAGCCCGCCACUGAAGUCAUCACCCCAGUAACUUCUGUUCCAGUACAUACCACUGAUCCCAUCACUAUGGUAAUAACAGACCCUGAGACCACCACCGGUCAGGUGGGACCUCCAACUUCUACUUUAGAGUUUGAGAUGAUGACACCUUCCCAUGUGACCACUGAAGGGCCUGUAGAUACGACCACUCCACCUGGCCCUAAACCCACACUCUCCCAAGACGUCCUGAUGACCGCCUCUUAUCUCCCAACCACUUCCCAGGACCACCUGACUUCUGUUAUCCCAGUCUGGCCACUCCACACCACCCCUCGUCUGACAGAGGACUCCUCUCCUACACCUGAACCUAUCCACACUGCCUCAGAGAGUACUGCCAGCCACACAGAGGGACUUACCACUGCACCUGCCUCCCCAUCGGUCAACGCCGCUCCCGGCCAUGCCACGACCCCCACUACCACCCACACCUCCACCUCCACAGAUCCAGACUCUACAGUGGCCGAGGUCGUGGUGGAGCGAGGUCAGCCCAACUUGUUCUGGGUCAUCAUCGUUGCUCUCCUGGUUGGGGUUAUAUGCACCGGCAUAUUCUACUGCGUAUGUCUGAUCGUCAGACGAAAGAAGCAGAGCCGCACCGUGAACUUUGAGUCCAGCUUCCGGAAUGGGACGAGUUCCAAGCGGAAGAAAGGGGCGGAGGAAGACGCCUGGGCGGGGCCAGUGAAGUUAGGGGGCGGGGACAGGGAGGAGGGUGAGGGCGGGGAGGAGGGAGGGAGCCCAGAGGACAACAAGACAGAGGGGGCUGGAACGGAUGUGGUGCUGAGCACAUUCAUAGCCAAAGAGACUGAGGAAGAGAGGGGUGGGCCUGAUGGGGGAGUAGGAGUGGCUGGGAGCAAGGAGGCGGAGAAAUGGGAGGAGGAGGAGCCUCUGCUGUACAUUGAUGAGGGAGUGUAG